UUCUGCUUUCUUCCAUACGUUUUUUUUACUUCGUUUGAGUUGCACUGGCCCUCAUAAUUUUUGGUCUCUGCUUCCUCUCCCACUGAAGACCAAUCCAGGCUUCCUAAAGUUCGGCACAGUUUUACGGACUCUCGUCUAAUUCUGCUGAGGCGUCCGUCUCUCUCGCCCUUCGAGUUCCGAAUUUAUCAGGAAUAGUUGCUAAUGAGUUCUGAAAGUGCCAAGGACAACUGCCUCGGGUGGGCUGCAAGAGAUGCAUCUGGAAUUUUAUUGCCAUACAAAUUCAGUCGCAGAUUGGUGGGGAGUGACGAUGUUUCCCUAAAAAUUACUCACUGUGGAGUUUGUUAUGCUGAUGUAGCCUGGACAAGGAAUAAACUUGGAGACUCCAAGUACCCUUUAGUGCCUGGACAUGAGAUAGUUGGAAUUGUUAAAGAGGUUGGUUCUGAUGUCCACCGAUUCAAAGUUGGUGACCAUGUUGGAGUGGGUACUUAUGUUAACUCAUGUAGAGAUUGUGAAUAUUGUAAUGAUGGGCUCGAAGUUCAUUGUAUAAAGGGUCCAGUCUUCACUUUUAAUGCUAUCGACAUGGAUGGUACAGUCACAAAAGGAGGAUAUUCCAAUUACAUAGUUGUUCAUGAAAGGUAUUGCUUCCAAAUACCUGACAACUACCCAUUGGCUUCAGCAGCACCUUUAUUAUGUGCUGGAAUUACUGUUUACACACCUAUGAUGCGCCAUAAGAUGAAUCAACCAGGUAAAUCUCUAGGUGUGAUUGGGUUAGGUGGUCUUGGUCACUUGGCUGUCAAAUUGGGAAAAGCUUUUGGAUUGAAUGUGACAGUUUUUAGCACAAGUAUAUCCAAGAAAGAGGAAUCCUUAAAUGUACUUGGUGCAGACAAAUUUGUGGUCUCAUGUGAUCAACAGCAGAUGAUGGCUCUGGAAAAAUCAUUUGACUACAUAAUUGACACUGCUUCUGGGGAUCAUCCCUUUGAUCCAUACAUGUCACUGUUGAAGACUGCUGGUGUUCUUGUUCUGGUGGGCUUCCCAAGUGAAGUAAAAUUCAGUCCCGCUAGCCUUAUAAUAGGCAUGAAAACUGUUUCUGGGAGUAUGACGGGUGGUACAAAAGAAAUGCAAGAAAUGUUGAAUUUCUGUGCUGCACAUGGAAUUUACCCUGAGAUAGAAAUAAUUCCAAUUCAAUAUGCAAAUGAAGCUCUUCAGAGGCUUAUAAAGAAGGAUGUGAAAUAUAGAUUUGUGAUUGAUAUUGAGAAUUCCCUGUAAUGACACCAUAAAGAGACUUGUUCCACCUCAACUGAAGUCAUACAUUCAUAAAUUCAUGUGAAAUGAAAGCAACUAGUGCAUUGGUGAUCCUUGUACGCGGGUGGUAUGUAUUUACUUAAGCCUAUUUAUGAUUGAUGUUGUGCUUGUAACUGGUCAUGGUACUUUCUGGCAAUGCAAGUACAUGAACAAUUGUCCAUGAGAGUAUUUUUGUUGAUGUGCUUGUAACUGGUCAUGGUAAUUCAUGUGAAGCAAUCCUUGGGGAGAAUCUUGUUUUGUAAUAAACAUUGUUAUUUUAACAACAAAUUUUGUAAUAAAGCCUAUAUCAUUUAUGUUGUGGUAA